AUGAAACUAAAGAUAGAGCAUUCACAAGCUGCCACAACCAAAGAGCCUCAUCAAAUUGUCCCCAUGGCUGACCAACUGAAGGCCAACCUUACCUGCCCAAUAUGCUGUGACAUCUUCAGGGACCCUGUAACACUGAAAUGUAGUCACAGCUUCUGUCAGGAGUGCUUGCAGAAGUACUGGAAGGAUCUGGAAGUUCUACUGUGUCUCGUCUGCAGGAAGAAGUGUUCGUCUGAGGAGCCCACACUGAGCCUGGCCUUCAAGAGUCUCUGUGAGUCUUUAAAAAGAACAAACAGGGCUGUUCAACCAGACCAGCUAUGCCCCAUGCAUGAGGAGAAGCUUAAAUUGUUCUGUUUUGAAGACAAGCAGCCUAUAUGUAUCAUCUGCCACACAUCAAAAAAACAUAACAAUCAUGUGUGUUCUCCCAUUGAGGAAGCUGUGGGGAACAUAAAGAAGGAAAUGGAAGACGGGAUUUCUGAUUUUAAUCAAAGCCUCAACAUCCUGAAGAAAACAAAACAUGAUCUUGAAAACAUGGUCACUCACAUAGAGACUCAGGCACAAUCGGCAGAGCUGCAGAUUAUUCAGGACUUUGAAAAAUGUUAUCAGUUCCUCCGCAAGGAAGAAGAAGCCAAGCUUGUGGCCCUGAGAGAGGAAAAGGAGCAGAAACACAGAGACCUGGACAGCAGAAUAGAAAGGGUUCAUGGAGAGAUUACUACUUUGUCAGAAACUGUUGACAGAGUAAAAAUUCAAAUGGAAUCUGAUGACAUCCUGUUUCUACAGAACUACUAUUCAAAUCCCGAGAGACUCAAAUGCUCAACACCAAAAUCAGAGGAUUUGUCAGGUGCACUGAUCAACAUGGCUAAAUACGUCUACCCUCUGAAUCAUGAGUUGUGGUUGCAGUCAUUUUAUCCAGUCUGCUCAAUGACUCUGGACCCAAACACGGCUUCACCCAAGCUCAUCAUCGCAGAUAAUCUCACUUCACUUACGUACACAGAAGAGAAGCAAACAGUACCUGAUAACCCAGAACGAUUUCACAUUGGCGUGCUGGGAUCAAAUGGCUUCACUGCUGGUCGUCACAGCUGGGAUGUUGAGGUUGGUGAUAAUGACAACUGGACCCUUGGAGUGGUGAGGCAGUCAAUCAAGCGGAAGCAGUACCUGGAAAUGCAGCCAGAUAGUGGAUUAUGGAGCAUACGCUUCACCAGAGGGAAGCACCGGGCUGGUGUCAAGGCUUCAACUGAAUUCAAUGUAGCCAAAAGACCUACAGUUAUCAGAGUCCUACUGGAUUACGAGCAUGGGGAGGUGUCAUUCUCAGAUCCAUCUGCAAAUAUGACUUUGUAUAGCUUCACUGAUAUGUUUACCGAGAAACUGUUCCCCUACUUCAACACUACAAGUUUGAAAUGUCCACUGCGCCUGUUUCCCCUAACAGUCGGAAAGAGUUAAUAGAGAUUGUGUCACUACUGCAAUAAAUUAUUGGAUAGACCUACAGAAUGCUCGGUCUCUCUUCACUUUUAAAGCAAAGUAGGCAUUCUCUACAGAAUUAUGCCUCUCAGUUUACCCAUGACGAGGAACUGGCCACAGCUGACACUCAAGGAUUUGAGGGACCUUCUGGUUGUAGAGCAGCUCCUCUAGCCCUUGAGCCACUACCGUACAGACAGUUAUAGUUGACUAACUUAAAUGAAUGAGUUGACAGUAUGGUGAGAUAUGACUGGUUGCAUCAUUCUAAAAACACAUUAGAAGAAUAACUAAACAAGCCCCUGGGAAAGAAAAGCAAACUGCUAAAAAGAACUAAACAUACCAAACAGAUAAAAUACACAUUAAUGAAACUAGAAGCAUAAAUGAAUAUCCAAAUAAUUUUCAAUAAACACUGCACCGUAUAUAACUUUAAAUUAUGUGUAACCUGUUACAAAGCCGUUGAGUGGGAGAAGGGAGUGAAAAAGUGUUUGUACAUAUUAAUCAACCUUGUGCAAUAUCUCAUCUUGCAUAAACACUUGGGAGUUAAUUUAGAGAUGACGUAUCCAAACAGAUUAUUCUGUUUCUACAAGUACUACAACUGUAUUAACAUUUCAAUGACAGUGGGCAAAAAAAAUAGGCAGGGCCUGUUACUCACAAAAUGAGCUAGUUUAUGUAUAAAUUAAAUCUAAACUGUGACAUAGUUUUACCGACAGCCACAAUCAAACCAAGAAACUAUCAAGCUGAUCGAUUUUUUGUGUCUAAGGCCAACCUUGCUUGCCCAAUAUGUUGUGACAUCUUCAGAGACCUUGUGGCAACUGAAAUGCAGCCACAGCUUCUGUCAGGAGUGCCUUCUGCAGUGGCGGGACCUGGAUGUGUCCCUGUGUCCCAUUUACAGGAAAGGGUGCCUAUCUGAGGAGCCCACACUGAGCCUGGCCUUCAAGAGCCUCCUAUCUAUCCCCCGCACCAGACUCUCCACCCUGGGUGGCAGGUCCUUCAGUGCCUUGGCCCCUAAACUCUAGAACUCCCCCAACCCCUUUGUGACUGUCCAUCUCUUCCCUUCUUUGGGAACUUUUGGUUUAAUUAUCACUUCUCCUCUACACCCAAUACAUAGCUCCACACAUAGCUUGUCUUGUUGUAUUGUUAUUGUUUUGCUUUGUUAUUGUUUGUCUGUCUGUUAUUAUGCUUUCCUUCUACUAUGUUAAGCGACCUUGGGUUUGAUAAAGGCGCUAUAUAAAAUAAACUUAUUAUUAUAUUAUUA